UCCUGAGUUCUUAACUCGACUAACGAACAUUGCUGUGCAAUUCGAGGAUAAGACAUUCAGAAUUUCAGCAACGAAGGAAAGUUAUGUAUAUACAAUAGGUAAGAAGAUGAAUUCGUUUGGUCCCAUCAAGUCUGAAGCUUCCAAGACAACUGGUAAAAAUUCCUCAGGUCUAGGUCAGACCUUGAUUGUAAACGAUGUUGGGCAAAGCUCGGAGACAAAUGCCGGCACACGAUUUUCCCAACGUUUAGUCUGUAAUAAUUUUGUUGAACAAAAUAUGCAACCAAAUAUUACUCUUAACUCUCGGAGGGAAAUGCUAGGAAGCCAGUCUUCAGAUCAGAAACUGAAGUACCAAUUACAACAGCAGGAGUUUCAGGAUGGGAUCCUGAAGGAUAAGGUCCAGAAUACUAGUAAGAGUUUUGUCAUCCAACCUGACAUUCUACACCGCCAACCUCAUCAGCGGCAGCAGCAUGUUACAUCACAGAAUACUCAGAAUCAAUUUUCUCAGCCGCCAUCAGUAACAACACAAUACCGUCAAACACCAUUUGCACAGCCAUCAAAUAGCCCAAUGUUUCAACAGAAUCAGCAACUCGGGAAGCAACGUGAUGAUUCAGAGCAGCUACAAUGGUCAAUUCCCCAACAAAAUGUUUUACCGUCAUUCCAGCAGCCCCUGGGCCAACAAAGAGAUGUUUCUAGAAUGCAGCUUCAGCAAAAAAUGGCUGGAUCACAACCAUUUAUCUUCAAUGCUCAAUCGCAUCGGAGUUCAAGCCCCAUGAUUCAACAACCAGGGGUUACAGCUUCUGAACAAGAAGUUCAUAAAAUCACACAGCCUGGUCAGUUGCAUCAGAUUCUGGGUUCUCAAAAACAAAGGGGCUUGUCUCAAGAAGGGAUCCAGCGAAAACCACAAACCUCAGCUUCCUUCCAUCAGCAGAGGAGUAUAGCUGAUCAGCAGAAGCUUUUUCAGUCACAGAUAUCAUUUGCUGGGUCCUCCUCAGCAUCACUAGAGCCCAAAUCAUCAGGUCAACUAGCCAAUACAGCUGACGAGCUUGAAGAGGCCUAUCAAAAGCUUCAAUGCUUUAAGCUACAGUAUGGUCCGCAACUCAAGAAACUAUACAUAUAUUUUAAGUCCUUACUUGACAAGGCAACAGAUCCGGAGCUGGUUAGAAAGAACAUGAAGCAAGUCAUUUGGAUAGAAAAGGCCAUGCAGGUUUUUUCAUUACAGCGAAAUCAGAUGAAAAAUGCUUCCAAGGAGAAGUUGGAGACGACCAAGGAUGCUAUUGUAAAGUAUGUGAACCUCUUUCGGCAGAAGAGAGUUGCCUCAGUUGAGCAACAAGCAGAACUUAGUCUGCCGACUUGCGGUCAAUCCCAAAUAUCUCAGCCUCCUCAAAGCUGGAAUGGGAAACUCCAAUUCCCUCUAGUGAAUUUAACUAUAACAAAUGGUUUGGGAAGUUCCUCUCCCACAUCUUCAAUGCAAUCAAGGGUUCCAAAUUCGCAACCCAAUUUUGUCAGUUCACUUCAAUAUAGUUCUGGAAUGGGUUUGGAACAAAAGAAUGGACCGAGUAUGUUUCAGAAGUCAGCAAGGAAAACAGGCCAAUAUUUUGCUGGUUCACCACAAAAUAAUAAUUUUUUUAGCAAUAGCAAUGUGAAUGCUUUCGAUUCUCCAUUUACUCAUUACAAAAGGCUGUUACAGAACUUCGAGCAACAAAUGCAGAAACAAACUACUCAGCUCAAAAAGGAACAGAUGCUGAUGCGCAACAGUCAAUCAUGCGUCACUCCAGCUAUUGAAUCUACAGAAAAUCUACAUCAACUACAGAUAACAAGUACUAUAAAUCAACUAUACUCCAGUUCUCCUCGAAAGUCUCAGCUCUCUUCUGCUCAAAUUGACCAGCAGAAUUUUCCUUCAGCCUCUACUCCCUUGACUCCAACUUCAAGAUAUGUUGCAUUGACCCAAGUUGAUAACCAGACACAAAGUCAAAAUCAAUCUACGGCAACCGACACACCUGGGAUAUCAGCCUCCCCUUUGCUCGAAGAGUUCACUAGCCCCCUCAACGCAUCUGAUACAAAUCAACCAUUCCAGCGCUUACUUCGAGCUGUAGAAUCAAUGUCACCAGGGGUAUUAAGCGCUGCUGUCCAGGAUAUUGACUCAGUUGUCAACAUGGUCGAAAAGAUUGCUGGAGGAUUAGCUGAAGGACACUCUCAGGCUGCUAUUGGUGAGGAUUUGGUGUCUGAAACAAGGUUCCGUGUACAAGAAAUGAACUUAGCAUACCAACAGUCAAGCAUUUAUGAGAGAGAGAUGGAGCAGAAAUUUAGUGCCAUGACCUGGGACACAGUCGGGCAGCCAAUGCAUCGGAAAUCUGAUUUUGAUUCAACUACAACACCAAAGCUCAAUAAUUUGAGGAUCAAGCCCAACAAAGAUCUGCUGGAUGAAAUCAGACGUGUAAACCAGCGAUUGGUCGAAACUUUAGUAGAAGUUGAUUCAACUGAGGAUGAUUCUAUAUUACCUGAAUCCAGUAAAGGAACAAUCAUCAAGUGUUCCUAUACUGCUGUGUCUCUUAGUGGAGAUUUAAAAUCUUUGUCUUCAUCUCCGACGUUCCCUGUACUUAUCUUGCGCUUGCUUGCUCCAGCCGAUUAUCCUAAUACUUCUUCUGUAAUCUUUGAUAAGUUACCUGUUGGUUGUGAAGAGCCAGAAGAUUUGUCAGAGAAGACAAAGUUGAGAUUCAGCACAGCUCUUAGGAACCUUUCUGAAUCCAUGUCUCUUCUGGAGAUAGCACAGAUUUGGGAUGCUUGUUGUCGAGCUGUGCUCUUAGAGUUUGUUAAACCAUUUGGAGGAGGAUGUUUCAGUUCGAGAUAUGGCAAAUGGGAGGAUUUCUUUACUAUAUAAGUUACCAAUUCUUAUGGAUUGUACCGUUCCGAUUUUUCGGACAAGUAGCUCUUUAGGAUUAACUUGUUUCUGUUAUCUUCACUUUUAUGUCGGGUUGGGUUUUAUUUUUUAACUCAUAUUAAUAAUUUGACUGGUUUUUUAGUACUUGUGGAAAUGAAGGUGAGCCAAUCAGAAUUUUUAUUCUU